GCUCUUCAAAUGGGGAAGCAUGGACGGAAUUUGAAAGCUUUGCUGCAUCCUCACUAUAUCGUAAACGUGUUACUGAGCAUAUUGUUUUUCGUCACGAAAACGGUGACCCCUAUUUGUUCUGCUCUCUACGAAAGCUGUGAAAUCAAUCUACAAGAAUAUGAGUUGUUGAUUUUUCUCGGCAGUUUUGUGGCUCUACGCAACAAACGACAAUUUUGUGUCACCGAUUACUUAUCACACUUUUGUCUGUUUGCGAAACUUGUUAACCUCCUUAUGUUCUGGAAGCAGAAUGUUGUGUAUGCCAUUGGUUUCGCGGUGCUGUGGCUUCUGCAAGCCUGCUUCCUUCCACAACCCAUGUAUGAGGGACCCGACCAAGUAUUGUAUCUUCGCGAUUCCACUUUUGAGCGGGAAGUCUUGCACGGAGACUCGAGGACAGCAUGGUUGGUCACCUUCUACACCGCAUGGUCUCCUGCUUGCAUCAGCUUGCAGCCGAUUUUUGCCGAAUUAUCUAAUGACUUUGGUUCAGAACAUUUGAAAUUUGGUAAACUGGACGUCGCACGCUACCCGGAAUUGGCCACUAAACACAACAUUGACACUUCUAGUUGGUCCAAACAGUUACCCACCAUCAUUUUGUUUCGUCACGGUCGUGAAACGGCCCGUCGACCAGCCAUCUUGGGUACAACGAAAAAGUCUGUACAAAAAUUUGUCUUCACUUGGGAGAACAUAAUCAAUGGUUUUUCUCUAACCGAACUUUAUUCUGAAUGUAAAAGGUCACACACUACCAACAAACACCUGCCAGUGGAAGAAAAGAAAUCCCAAUGAUUUACCUUGUCUUUACUAACACUUUACUUUCAGAACUCUUGCUGUAGAUUUUUAGCUAUUGUACUACUUUCGAAUCGGGCGUCUGGCCUAGUCUCGGUCCUUCUUCUCGAGAGGUGCAUACGGCAAUUCCUAAGAAUAGGUCGUUGACGCUGAUUCCAUUAUUUUACUUCGAAUACAAACUGAAUUACUUCAGUAACACUUUGGAAACAGUAUGUGAUCAAGACUCGCUUGUCUAGUAACCUGUGAAACUCUACGAACCAUUGUGUAGCGAAUUUUGGAUGAUGUGUUACCCACACAGCUGUAUUCAUCAAUCGAGACAUCUAGAUCCACAGUCACGCUUUCUCUCACCCGAUAUAACUUUACGUGAUUAAAACAUUGAAGAACAUCUGAUUUCUUAUGGAUCAUUGUGCUGUUUGACAAUUCGCGCAGCUCUGAGCCAAAUUUAUGUAAAUAUAUGUAUUCUGCAUUGAGUCAAUACUACUUCCUCUUCACUUUCCUCGGUCGAUUGGAUUUUCGGAAUUCGCACUGCUUUGCUUCUCUGGCCUAUCGUUAAG